AUGAAUCGACUUGAAUCUAAUUUUGACGGAGAGCUAAACGCCGUAAGAGAACAGUUUAAUCAGCUAUUUUCUCUCAUUGAAAUUUUCGAUCCAGCUUUCAGCGAGUAUCUUGAAAUGAAGAGCGCCAAAGAAAUGCCGUUUUGUUUCCGAUACCAUGACUUUAUGGGAGGCUUUUUGGACAGAUUAUCGUACAAAAAUUUUCAUAUAUUUUUCGCUGCUGCUGUACUUAUGAUGCAAAGAGACAACAUAAUGAAUAGAAAAUAUGAUGCCAACAGUAUAUUGAAGCAUGUGAAUGAAUUAUCCAUGAAAAUUCCAUUAGAAGAAUCUUUAAAUCGUGCUACAGCUUUACUAAGUCAAUUAGAACAGGUUUCUGAUUCUUUACCGCAAUCUGUACAGGAUAUUAUCCAUGGCCAGUCGUUAGCAAUGUCUAGACAUCUCAUUGAUUCAAAGCAGAAAGGAAUCAGUUGUACAGAUCAAUCGUCUAUCUAUGAUUAUUCUCCAACACUUCUAAAUGAAGAACUAGAAGUGCUAAUGGAUAAUGAUGUGUACGAUCCUAAUAAAAACGUAAGCAAUCAAUCGAUAUUAAUGGUUCCAUCUGACAUCAAUAGACAAUUUUUCCAGUGA